AUGACGCUCAAGGAAGAGUUCCAGACGAGGAACUUUAGCAUCUACGGACAAUGGCUCGGCAUCUUGUCCAUGAUCAUCUGCCUCGCAACGGGCAUCUCGACCAUCUUUACCUUUAGCAUUGCCCUCAUCGUCUUUUGCGCUUUUGCCAUCGCUUCGUCCUUUCUUAUCCUCUUCAUCGAAGUCCCUCUCCUCCUCCGCAUCUGCCCGACCUCUGGCAAGUUUGACGAGUUUGUUCGCAAGAUCUCGACCAACUACAUGCGCGCCGCCGCGUACCUCGUCAUGUCCGUUAUCCAGUUCGUCAGCACUGCUUUUGGACGGAGCGCCUUGAUCGCCGCCGGCGUCUUCCUCCUGCUUACCGCCAUCUGCUACCUCCUCGCCGGCAUCAAGGGACAGGCCUUUGUCGGAAGCAAGACGCUUGGUGGUCAGGGCGUCGCUCAAAUGAUUGUCUAA